GCAAGGCGGACAGGUGGCCAGUGCAUCGUUCAUCACGUUCAGAUGUGGUUCAGAGCCCCCUGAUGAUAUUGGGGAGGACCGCUUCUCGGUCAUUCGUGUACUACUUGCGUCUUAGCAGCUGUCAGAACAUGGGCAAGCCACUUCCAAAAUACUAGCAUGAUUCUUUCCUACAGGAAGACAUACACUGAGACACAUUUAUCUCCUAUUGGUAUAAAUGCAAGGCUCUCGUCGAUCUCUUCAUCCGUGCAUUGGUACUGCUUGUUGACGAUUCCCGAGAAUGGAGUACGUUCAGUCUCUACUUGCUGUCUCAGGCUCCUUCGUCGAUGUCAAUUCCACUAACGCCUCAAUCGUCUCAAACGAUUCAUGGCUCCCUGGAGACUGGACGCAAUUUACUCUCAAUCUCGUCACCAGUGCCGCAGUUCCAGAUUGGGCCAAGCUAUUCCUAUUGGGGGCUGCCAUAGAGCUUUGUCGUCGCCUGUUCUAUUCUCUGUGGUCAACCUUGCUCGAUGUCCCGUGGAUCACCAUCACGUUUGAUAGUGAAGACAUUGCUUAUAGCUGGAUCCUGUACUGGUUAUCCCAGCACUCAUCUUGGCGGAACGCUCGAACUGCUGAGGCCACAACCAGUAAUUAUGGUUUGAAGCCCUCUCUUCAUCGGCAUCGGCAUUCUCGCGAUGAAAAAGGAAAAGAUGAAGACCAGGCAGUCAGUUAUAUUCCCAGUCUAGACAAAAAUCAUACCAUGUGGUAUCGAUACCACUACAUUCGUGUAUCUCGGACACGCAGCUCUGAGAUGUCAUUGGGUCGUCCCAGCGAAACCCUUAAACUCCGAAUCUUUGCAUUCAGCCACCAUAUCUUGAACAAGAUACUUGAUGAAGCAAGGAAAUUGUAUAAAGAAGCAAAGGAAGACAUCAUAUCUGUGUACGCUGCGGACUUAUACGACGAAUGGGUGCACGUCACGUCACCGCGAAGACGACCACUGAGCACCAUCAUACUCGAUUACGGUGUGAAAGAGGAGCUGUUGAAUGAUGCAGUUGAGUUCUGUCAAAGUCGACAAUGGUAUGCCGAUAGAGGCAUUCCAUUCCGCCGAGGCUAUCUUCUGUACGGACCGCCAGGCUCCGGCAAAACAUCCGUCAUUCGCAGCCUGGCAAGCGAACUCGGCUUGGAUGUUUACAUCGUGACGCUAUCGAAGGCCGGACUGAACGACAACACCUUAUACUCACUCAUCGCUAAAUUACCGGAGAGGUGUAUCGCACUCAUGGAAGACAUCGAUGUCGCUUUUCGACAUGAUCUCACGCAACGAUCUUCAUCCAGCAAUAGCGACGCCCAUUCCGGAGAUCCCAUUAGUCAAACUCCAGCUUCUCCGGCAGCAACUACAGCCGCCGUGGGUGGCAUCAGCCUCAGUGGUCUUCUGAACGCACUGGAUGGCAUUGCAGCUCAGGAAGGACGCCUCCUCUUCGCCACGACGAACGACUACGGUGCACUCGAUCCUGCUAUCUGCAGACCCGGUCGCAUGGACGUACACAUCGAGUUUCACAAUGCGAGCAAGUUUCAAGCGGAAGAGCUCUUCAAGGCAUUCUAUUCGUCGCGCAGUUCUUCAGUUGCACAUGAUGAAGACAAAGUCAUCUCUCCUCUCGCUGUAGAUGUCGACGGUAGCGAUAAACCCCAUACAGAACACACCACUCCUCUUCUCGAAGAAUCGACAUCUUCAUUGCGCCCGGGUAUUGGUCACGCACCACCCAUCGGUACUACAUUGCCACGAAGCGUUGCACAGGAAUUGGCCAAGCAAUUUCGCCAGGCCAUCCCUGAUCGUGAGGUAUCCGUGGCAGCCUUGCAAGGAUACCUCAUGACCUACAAGACGCGACCGUUGGACGCGGUACGCGACGCACCUGGUUGGGUCUCGAAAGUGCGCGGGGAGAAAGGAAGGAAGGAGCGUUGAGAGCGUACUCAGAGUGCUGUGUGGUCAUGGACGAAGCAGACAUAUUGAGAUUACAGCUCCAUCACAAGAAGGACAAUGUUCGUAUACUCCGAACAAGCACGUUCUACCCAACAGAAAGGUACUUACUAGUCUGCCGGUACUGCUAUCGCCAAUAAGAGUCUACUAUCGAAAGAGGGGUACGCAAGGUGUAUUGUAUAGCAACGACUUAGCGAUCCAGCUGGGGUCCGUCACAGCGCGAGGCUUGGUAG